AUGAAGGUCCUUUUCUUUUUUGGAAUCUGCCUUGCACUUUCACUCUCUGUAUCCUACGGUCAUGUACGUGGCGGUUACUAUAGUGGUGGAUACGGAAGCGGUGGGUACGGUGGCGGUGGAUACAGUGGCGGUGGAUACGGUGGCAGUGGACAAGGUGGAGGAUACGGUGGUGGUGGAACCGGUGGCGGUGGAUACGGUGGCGGUGAAUACAGUGGCGGUGGACUAGGUGGAGGAUACGGUGGCGGUGGAUACGGUGGCGGUGGAUACGGUGGCGGUGGAAUUGGUGGCGGUGGAUACGGUGGCGAUGGAAUCGGAGGAGGAUAUGGUGGCGGUGGAUACGGUGGCAUUGGAGAUUACGGUGGCGGUGGAUACGGUGGCAUUGGAGGAUACGGUGGCGGUGGAUACGGUGGCGGUGGAUACGGUGGCCUUCAUGGUGGGUACGGUGGCGGUGGAUACGGUGGCAUUGGUGGAUACGGUGGCGGUGGAAUCGGAGGAGGAUAUGGAGGCGGUGGAUACGGUGGCAUUGGAGGUUACGGUGGCGGUGGAUACGGUGGCAUUGGAGGAUACGGUGGCGGUGGAUACGGUGGCAUUGGAGGUUACGGUGGCGGUGGAUACGGUGGCAUUGGAGGAUAUGGUGGCGGUGGAUACGGUGGUGGUGGAUACGGUGGUAUUGGAGGAUACGGUGGCGGUGGAUACGGUUGA